AUGACCAGCCCACGACCUGCCCACAACCAGCCCACGGCCAGACCACGGCCAGCCCACAACCAGCCCAUGACCAGCCCACGACCUGCCCACAACCAGCCCACGUCCAGACCACGUCCAGACCACGGCCAGACCACGGCUAGCCCACGACCAGCCCACGGCCAGGCCACGGCCAGCCCACGACCAGCCCACGACCAGCCCACGACCAGCCCACGACCAGCCCACGGCCAGACCACGGCUAGCCCACGUCCAGCCCACGUCCAGACCACGGCCAGACCACGGCCAGACCACGGCCAGCCCACGGCCAGACCACGGCGAGACCACGGCCAGACCACGGCCAGCCCACAGCUAGCCCACAGCCAGACCACGGCCAGCCCACAACCAGCCCACGACCAGCCCACGACCUGCCCACAACCAGCCCACGUCCAGACCACGUCCAGACCACGGCUAGCCCACGACCAGACCACGGCCAGACCACGCCCACGUCCAGACCACUGCCAGCCCACGGCCAGACCACGGCCAGACCACGACCUGCCCACAACCAGCCCACGUCCAGACCACGGCCAGCCCACGUCCAGCCCACGUCCAGACCACGGCCAGACCACGGCUAGCCCACGGCCUGGCCACGACCUGCCCACGACCAGCCCACGACCAGCCCACAACCAGCCCACGGCCAGCCCACGGCCAGCCCACGACCAGCCCACGACCAGCCCACGACCAGCCCACGACCAGCCCACGUCCAGACCACGGCCAGACCACGGCCAGCCCACGGCCAGACCACGGCGAGACCACGGCCAGACCACGGCCAGCCCACGACCUGCCCACAACCAGCCCACGUCCAGACCACGGCCAGACCACGGCCAGCCCACGACCUGCCCACAACCAGCCCACGUCCAGACCACGGCCAGAACACGGCCAGACCACGGCCAGCCCACGUCCAGACCACGGCCAGCCCACGACCUGCCCACAACCAGCCCACGUCCAGACCACGGCCAGACCACGGCCAGCCGACGGCCAGCCCACGACCAGACCACGCCAGACCACGGCCAGACCACGGCCAGACCACGGCUAGCCCACGGCCAGCCCACGACCUGCCCACGACCUGCCCACAACCAGCCCACGUCCAGACCACGGCCAGACCACGGCCAGCCCACGGCCAGACCACGGCCAGCCCACGUCCAGACCACGGCCAGACCACGGCCAGACCACGGCCAGCCCACGACCUGCCCACAACCAGCCCACAACCAGCCCACAACCAGCCCACAACCAGCCCACUUCCAGACCACGGCCAGACCACGGCCAGACCACGGCCAGACCACGACCUGCCCACAACCAGCCCACAACCAGCCCACGUCCAGACCACGGCCAGCCCACGGCCAGACCACGGACAGACCACAGACAGACCACCUCACCGUGAAGAUUUGA